AUGUGCGAGAUCCAUGUCUACACAUUAAGAUAUAAAUCUUGGAGAAGACUUGAGGACAUCCCUUAUGAUCUUCGUAACCACUUCUCUUUAUCUAAAGUAGCUCGGGUGCCAGUUAAUGGAGCUCUUCACUGGAUAGCAUUUCGGGUAUCAGUAGGAAAGAAAACCGAAGUUAUUCUUUCUUUGAAUAUGGAGAAAGAGAUAUUCAAAGAGAUCCAAAUGCCUAACUUUUUGAAGGACUAUGAAGUAAAAGAUUCUUGGACUAGACUUUUCACUAUCGACAUACAAAACUUUUUCGGGAAUGUUGCAGGUUCGAUACCUUUACGAUCUUUUGAGAAUGGUGAAAUCCUGUUUGGAAAAUGUAUGAAUGAUACUUUUAAUGUGGUUUUAUAUGAUCCAGAGCAUGAACCUAGUAGAACACUUCAGGUUUAUGAUGGUGUGAAAAUGUUCUCAUACUGUCUUUUUGACUAUAAGGAGAGCUUAGUUUCUCCUAACUCGGCUACUUAUUUGAGGCCAGAUGAAGAAGAUGAUUCAGAACAAUUCUUGGAAAAGGAAGGUGGUUAUGGGCCACUAAUGGAAUAA